AUUUUCCUCGUUUCAACUUUUCUUCUUCCUCUUCUCCAGCGGAAAAGUCACCGAUCGCUGUCGCAUUUGGUCCUCUGAUUCACGAAUUCGAAAACCCUAGACCACAUCCUCGUAUCAUUGACGAGUGUCUGGAUCGAACAGGAUGCAGCAAUUGCUGUUCGCGAUUGUGUUGUUGGAGGUUGCGGUAAUUAUGGCGCUUUCCUUCAAGACGCCGAUAAGGAAGCUGUUGAUCAUGAGCCUUGAUCGGGCGAAGCGUGGGCGUGGACCGGUCGUCGUCAAAACGGUGGUGGCGACGGUUUGUGUGGUCAUGGCGUCGAGCGUGUACAGUGUGAUGAAGAUCCAGAAGCGUUGGAUCGACGAGGGGACGGUGAAUCCGACAGAUGAGGUUCUAAUGACGAGAAAUCUCUUGGAAUCUACUCUUAUGGGUGGAUUUCUUUUCCUCGGGCUAAUGAUAGACAGACUGCAUCAUUACAUGAGAGAAUUGCGGAUAAGAAGGAAGAGCAUGGAAGCUAUAAAGAAGCAGGGACUAGGUUUCGAAGAUGGAAAGGCCGUCGCUUCAGAUGAACUUAAAAGCAUGGAGGAACAGAUAAGGUCUCUACAGGAAAUUAAAAACCAGUUAGAGUCUGAACUUGAUGCGAAGGCUAAAGAAGCUCGUAGCGAAGAAUCCAAUGCAGUUGCUCUACGAAAACAAUCUGAAGGGUUCCUUCUCGAGUUUAACCGCUUGCUGGAGGAAAACCAGGACCUACGGAACCAACUGCACUUGUUGGAUCAUAAAUUAUCACGCACGAGCAUCAAGAAGAAUACCUGAGGCUAUUUUCAACCUUUCAAGAUUUGCCUUUCUGGGUAGCUUUGUUUUGAGUUUGUUACUUGGAGCUUUUGGUUUCAAUGACUGGGUUUUGUUAAUGUGGGAGGUGGUUGAGGGGGAAGAUCGAAAUACAAUAGAACAAAGAUAGGUUUACUUCUUGUUUGAGUCUUCAGCUAAGUACAAACGAUCAAUUCUUCUACCCAGCAAAUUGCAACGCGUGUAAUUUGGUUGAGUUUAUAUUUUGCAAUAGAGAAUUGUUACGGUUAA